AUGGCCUACCUGACCUCCCUGGGAUUAAAUCCAGAAAGUGGAGAGAUUUUCGUUGCAUUGGAGCUGGUGCAGGCACCCAAUUUUGGCGAGAUCACCCGUAAGGGUUUUGUUGAUGGAUGGAAAGACACUGGAUACACAUUUGUUGCCGGAAAGGAAGCCGACCAACGGUCAAUGAGCCUUGAAAAUGCUAUAGAGUUCUGGCGCGUUUUGUUUGCACCACCAGGACGGCCGUGGCAAUCAUCGUCGCGCAAUUGGCUGGAUCUCUGGAUUUCUUUUCUACAAGAGAAAUGGACGCGCUCUGUUAACCGGGACAUGUGGAACCAGACCCUCGAAUUUGCCACGAAAAGCAUGGAGGAUGACACCCUGGGAUUUUGGACCGCGGAUGGUGCCUGGCCCAGCGUUAUUGACGACUUUGUUGCUUGGUGCCGGACAAAUGGAAUUGGACUCAAGGAUGCCAUGCAAACGGACUCAUAA